AUCGCAUUAUGUUGGAUCUUUCCUCACGGCUUAUCGGCUCAGUAGUUGUGGCGUGGGGCUUAGUUUCUCCACAGCAAACCCCUGUCCCCUGCGUUGCAAGGCAGAUUCUUAACCACUAGACCACCAGGGAAGUCCCUGGGUCACCGUUCUUGCUGCUAUGCCUGGUUCAGAAGACAGGCCUGGCCCGGGCAGCCUGGCCCCAGGAGCUCAGUGGGCGUGCGAGUGGGGUCAGUGGGACGGGAAACCACAGUAGUGCCUGGUGUUGGGGUCCCUUGAGGAGUGAUGACGGAGGAUAAGCUCGUGGCGGUGGGCGCCAUGAUAUGAGGAAGAGUGCCCUGACCAUCCAGCUCAUUGAGAACCACCCCAUGGAGGACAACUCCACCAUGGAGGAAGGUUGGCUGUCUCUAAGUUCCUACUGGAAGCAAGUGGUCACCGAUGGGGAGACCUACCUACUGGACACAGCAGGCCAGGAGAGUCAGCAUCAUGGAGACCAGUACAUGAGCACCAGGGAGGGCUUUCCUCUGGGUGUUUGCAUCAACAAUACCGAGUCCUUCAAGGGCAUCCACCAGCCCUGGGAGCAGAUCAAGUGGGUGAAGGACUCAGAUGGCAUACCUGUGGUGCUAGUGGGAACGAGUGUGACCUGGUCAUAGUACCGUGGAGUCUCAGCAGGCCAGAAACUCACCCAAAACUGCAGC